UAUUUUUAUUAAUACACCCACUUUUAACAUAAGCCACAUCUUAAUUAAUUACACCUCUCAUCAUCCUUCAACAAUCAACAUCUCUCUCUCUCUCAUACACACGCACAAUACUAGACAGUUAAUUAAUUUCCUCAAGUAAAUGACGUGAUAUAUAUGUAUACCUCAAAUUGCAUGCUUUCAUCCUAGCUUUUCCUCCUUUGACACACUAGAAAUUUUAGGAAACAACCAAAAAUUCUCCAACAAUUAAAGGUUUCCUACAAAAAAGCAUAUCAUCAUCUUUGAAGAUGAAGGUGAACGUGAACGACGAGUAUCUGUGCGCGGUGAGGACAAAAUCCUUCGCAGAUUUCUUCAUACAAGCGCAACUCCUCGUAAACCAUUCUCAUCCCUCCAUUAAUCUCCUCCUCAAUCCGCCCCAGGAAACCAUCGCCUCGCUCCUCAAGUCAUCGCCUCAUCUCAACUCAAUCCUCUCCGACUACUUCAACAUCAGCGCCGAAGCCUCCGCCCUCUGCGCCGCCCUCCUCCAAACCCUAAUCCACCUCCAGACCAACUACAGAUCCAUCAACCAGAUCAUCAACUCUCGCCACCACGAAUUCCUCCAACUCGCCGUCUCCGGCCUCCUCGACAACCCCUUCGCCGAUCUCAACGGGCAGAACUACUUCCAGAAGAUCCACGACAAGCACUCGCGCGUGUUGAAACGGCUUAGGAAGAAAAUGGCGGGAAAAUUGAGGAUGAUCGAGUUCCUCUUCAGCGGGAUGAGGAGGUUUGGGGUUUUCAAGCGCGGAUCCGUGACGAGGAGGGCGGCGGAUGUGGCGGCGAAGGGGGCGUGGAUCUUGAAGAGGGAUUUCGACACGAUGGGGCGGUUGGUGGCGAGGAUCGGGGACGAGAUCGAGCACAGUAGGGCGAUGAUGGAGGUGUGUUUGGAUCGGGAUUGUUUGGAGGUGUUGAAGGAGUGUGAGUUUGGGGUGAGUAGGCAGGCGGAGGAGCUGGAGGAGCACGUCUAUCUCUGCCUCCUUACCAUUAACAGAGCUCGAGCUAUGGUGGUUAGGGAGAUUUGCAGGAAUUCUUCUCUGCACUAUUAAUUACAUCUGUAUAUAAUAUAGCAGUUUCUCUAGGGAUUAAUUAAUUGUCGAUCUAUUCAUUUGUACAUACAUACACUACUCUUUUCUCUUUCAGAUUGUAUUUAUAUGGAAUCAUUUUUUUUUUUUA